AAUUAGUGCACACAAGACAAUCCAUUGAAAACCAGAUUUUUAUUUGGUUACACAAGAACACGUUUGAGAACAUGCAAAUAGACAGCAGUUGAAACUUAUUAAUCAGAAGGACUCAAGGUGACGUUAGAAGCAGAAGCAGCAUCCUAGCUCAAGAUGACGAUAGGAAAAGCAUCCUGGCUCAAGGUGACGUUAGGAGACUCGGAAUCCUGGCUCAAGGUGACGUUAGGAGCAGCAUCCUGGCUCAAGGUGACGUUAGGAGACUCGGAACCUUGGCUCAAGGUGACGUUAGGAGCAGCAUCCUGGCUCAAGGUGACGUUAGGAGCAGCAUCCUGGCUCAAGGUGGCGUUAGGAGACUCGGAAUCCUGGCUCAAGGUGACGUUAGGAGACUCGGAAUCCUGGCUCAAGGUGACGUUAGGAGCAGCAUCCUGGCUCAAGGUGACGUUAGGAGACUCGGAAUCUUGGCUCAAGGUGACGUUAGGAGACUCGGAAUCCUGGCUCAAGGUGACGUUAGGAGCAGCAUCCUGGCUCAAGGUGACGUUAGGAGACUCGGAACCUUGGCUCAAGGUGACGUUAGGAGACUCGGAAUCCUGGCUCAAGGUGACGUUAGGAGCAGCAUCCUGGCUCAAGGUGACGUUAGGAGACUCGGAAUCUUGGCUCAAGGUGACGUUAGGAGACUCGGAAUCCUGGCUCAAGGUGACGUUAGGAGCAGCAUCCUGGCUCAAGGUGACGUUAGGAGACUCGGAAUCCUGGCUCAAGGUGACGUUAGGAGACUCGGAAUCCUGGCUCAAGGUGACGUUAGGAGACUCGGAAUCCUGGCUCAAGGUGACGUUAGGAGCAGCAUCCUGGCUCAAGGUGACGUUAGGAGACUCGGAAUCUUGGCUCAAGGUGACGUUAGGAGCAGCAUCCUGGCUCAAGGUGACGUUAGGAGCAGCAUCCUGGCUCAAGGUGACGUUAGGAGCAGCAUCCUGGCUCAAGGUGACGUUAGGAGCAGCAUCCUGGCUCAAGGUGACGUUAGGAGCAGCAUCCUGGCUCAAGGUGACGUUAGGAGCAGCAUCCUGGCUCAAGGUGACGUUAGGAGCAGCAUCCUGGCUCAAGGUGACGUUAGGAGCAGCAUCCUGGCUCAAGGUGACGUUAGGAGCAGCAUCCUGGCUCAAGGUGACGUUAGGAGCAGCAUCCUGGCUCAAGGUGACGUUAGGAGCAGCAUCCUGGCUCAAGGUGACGUUAGGAGGAGCAUCCUGGCUCAAGGUGACUCGCAGGGGGACAGAAAUAGAUGCACCAACCAAGUUACUGUGGCCAUUCAGUGGAUUCUCAGGUUCUGCUCCUGCCACUGCAGGGCUUCAGCCUGGUAAGAGCUCGGAUCACUGCAUGUCAGAUAAACUGGUUCUGAUCCGAGAGAAUAAGACGUGGCCUGAAGCUCUGAGAUACUGCAGAGAAAGGGACAUGGACCUGGUGUCGGUGGAUUCAGAGCAGAUGCAGCGAUGGGUGAAGAUCUUGUUCAUGAAAGCAAACGCCUCCUCUGCUCAUGUGUGGCUGGGUCUGCGUCACUCCCGCAUACUGGAACUCUGGUUCUGGGUCAGCGGUCACACCAUGUGCUACAAUUAG